GGCGACGACGCGGCACAUCCGGCACCGCGGCAGGGAGAGAGGGAGGCCGGGCGCGGUCGAGUUCAUCACACCGAGGAUGCAAGGCGGCGGCAUCGUCGAGCUCGCCAGGCAGGCGGCGGCCUCGGCGAGGACCGACCCAGCGGCGCGCCUGGCGGCCUUGCAGCCGGUGCGGAGCUACCGCGGCGUGCAGCAGCGCAACAGCAGGUACACCGCCGCGAUCUGGAACACCCACGCCGCGCGCACGCUGUGGCUCGGGUCGUACGAGACCCCCGAGGAGGCCGCGUACGCGUACGACGCCGCCGCGAGGAUCAUGCGCGGGCACAGGGCCAGGCCCAACUUCCCCGAGCCGGAGGUGUUCGCGGGCCUCGUGCUCGCGCUGCCGAUGCCGACGCGCGCUCGCGACCCCGCUGCGGCGGCGGCGGCUCAUCAGGUGGCCUUCGACAACUGGCUGUCUGCGUCGGUGGCCGCAGCGGAGCCACAGCGUCUGAGAAGCAGGCCGCCCGCGGCGUUGUUCCCGCACCACCACCACCACCAGCAACGCCCGGUGCCACCGCCACCGUUCACGCAGUUCUUCUACCCUUCGGAUCCCCCCGCCACUGCUGCGGCCAAUGGCGGCGCCGCUAUCGCCAAUCCUUCCAUGCCGGGCGCCUAUGUUUUGACACCGCAAAACGUGCGGAUAUUGUCGCCCGCCAAUCCGGCGAGCACCGCGCUAAGCAGCACCGAGCCCGUCGUCGUCGAUGAUGCCCAACAGUCCGGCUUCGCUCCCGCCGCUACCCAUCAGCACCGCGAGCUGCCGCCGGUGCCGCACGCCAGCGUGUACUCUGAUGAGGUCGUCGUCGGCGAUAACUUCACCGACUACGGUGCGUCGUCCUCGUCUGCUGCACGUCCUCCGGUGCCUCCGCUGACGCUCACGGAUGUGCUGCUCCAAGUCGAUCAGCCUGCUGGUCGCGGCGGCUCGGUUCGGGCGCAGUAAGGAAGCACAAGCCGUGUCAGUGUCCGAGACCGAUCGAGGGGCUGCCGAUCGACUGCGAUUAUCUCAUGCGGUUCCUGCUUCGAGUACUCGACAUGUGGUCUUGUUUACCGUCUACUAGCUAUCCAUGAUGAUUAUGUAUGUUUUUUCUUUCCCAAAAUUCGGAAACAUUGUGUAUGUAUUAUCAAUUCAACUGGACUUGUGACGCC